AUGAAGGCGUUUUCUAACAACCUGCACUUUGAAGUAGCAUGGAAACCAUUCUUCUUAAAUCCUACUACUCCAGACACUGGAGUGCCUCUUGAUCAAUACCUGACACGCAAAUAUGGACCGAGGGUUGCAGCUCAAGCCAAAGAAGGAACAAGUCCAUUGUCAAGAGCUGGCAUGAAUGUGGUAAUUACAUGUACAAUUGUAAUUGAUAUAAUUUAUAAUUCAUGACUGUACUACAGUGUACUUGCUGGUUUGAGGGAGUACUUGAAGUAUUUUCCUGGGUAGUGAUGAUUUGUGGCUGGGACUCUAGAAUCCUUAUUAAUUUAGUAGGGUGGGAUGAUGCCAUGGAGGCCCUUAUACUUUGACCCUGUUCGAGACAUUCUUUUCAAAUGAGCUCUCUGUUUUAGACAAGAUGCCUUUUCUCAAUGAUUGAAUUAACCAGGAAGUUGCUCAAUUAACUUACAACAAACAGGGCUAGACCAGGUAAAAAUUUGUUUGGCCUGGUUAUCAUGUCUGUCAACUGUCUGACAAUAAUAUUAUUUGAGCCCUGCUUAGGUUACUUUUUAGUACAUUUUUGUAAAAUAUAAACAUACAUGUACAUGUUGACAGCAACUUUCAACCCCAUUUCAGGGCAUAAACUUCAACCCCAAUCGGCUGAUAGUUAACACUUUGAAAUCUCACUGUAUGUUGGACUAUGCCAAGUCUGAGGGUAAACAAGAUCAACUUGCUGAAAACCUGUUUAAAACUUACUUUGAGGAGGCUAGAGAUAUCAACUCUACUGAUGUUCUUGCCAAGGUUGCUGUGGAUACUGGUCUUAACCUGGACGCCAUGGAAAAGUAAACAUUAUACUCCUUCUUCAUAAUAUUCUUGCUGCGUUUUACUUAAUUGUUGACGAGUUUGCAAAUUUUCAUGACCUCACCUCAUUAAUUAUCCAAGUCCAUUGCCAGUGGUGGAUGUAGGGAUGGAGCUCGAUCCCAAUUGGAUGAUUUAAGAAAAUAUCAUUACCAUACCAUGGAUGGCUUCCAUUAUUUUAACCCCCCUUGCCUUUGGAAUUUCCAAACUGCAUUAUCCCCCAUGCUCUCAGAACUCAAUAAUCGUCAACCCCCAUGCCUUCUGAUUUCCAAAAAGCUGGCUGUGGUAUGGUAUGAAUAUUUUCUGUAAUCACCCAUGAGACCAAAACUGAGGUAUUGCUUUUUUUCAGACAGUGGGGCACUCUUACCGGCUUAAUAUCUGAGUCUAACACAAAACAAGAUUAUGCAUUUACAUUUAAAAAUGUGAUUCAUACCUGAUAUAUUGCAGGAUGUAAGUUAUGCAUUAUGACCAAAAGUGCUAAUGGUUUUUGCAGUCUCAUAGUACAAUGUAAUUCUCUCAUUGAUUGUUUUGUUAAGUUCAACGCCAAACUUUUCUAUGUUGAGAGUGAAAGUUAUUGUUGCUCUUAACUUAAGGAAGUUCUCACAGAAAAGAACCAUUAGCAUGCAAAAUAGAAAGAAAUGCCAUUGGGAUUGUCCAUUAAAAAUAGUAUCUAUCCCUAAAAAAACCCAGAACUAUAAGUUAAGCAACUACUUAAAAGUCAGAGAUCACACAGUCUAGUCAUAACUCCCUCUUUCUUUGUUUUUGUUGCCUGUUAUGUGGAACUCCUUAUUUGAUGUAGAGAUCAGCGGCGUAGCCAGCCUUUUUGCAUCCUCGGAGACCCACAGGGGCAGAUAGUGGGGGCGAGGGAAAGUCUAAAGUAAAGAACGGCGAGAAGAGCCCCUGGGGACAAUGUCUUACCAGACAAGUUCCAAACGGUCGUCGCCGUUCUGACUUCUGAUUGGCACAAGUUUUCUGGCACCAAUCAGAAGUCAGAACGGCGGCGACCGUUUGGAACUAGUCUGGUAAGACAUUGUCCCCAAGGGCUCUUCUCGCCGUUCUUUACUUUUCUUCGUGCCAUAUUUUCCGCCCGUUUAGACUUUCCCUCGCCCCCACUAUCUGCCCCUGGGUCUCCGAGGAUGGCCCUUUUGCAUAGGGGGGUUCCUAAUGUAGUUUUGCUGGCCCGAUUGACAACCGAGCGCGGGAGACGCUCUUUGUUACAGGGGUCCUGAGGCAUGCCUCCCCCCCCCCCCCCCGGACCCCCCCCCCCCUCGAGAAAUUUUGAAAUGUAAGUCAUCGGAAAUACGAUUUCCAGCGUUCUGAGAGGCAAACCAAAGUGUUUUAACUGCUGUGAAUUCAAGUCAGCUUUCGUUUCGUAGUGACAAAAAUUAGGCGAUAUGGGAUCGCAGCAGAUAAAUUAAGACAUUGAGGUACAAAUUUUCUUUACGUUUCUGUAGGGCCCGAAAGGUCGACCAAUUUUGCCCGAAUAUUUUUUUUUGACGACUGGGGGACCCUAGAUAUAGCAUGUGAUGUCUUUUUAGAUUAAUUUUCUUUUCUUGUUCUUUAGAAGCGAAGAUCUCUUCCCGCGCAAUUCCGAAAGGAGGUUCCGAUAAAUGUUUCCUCUUGAAAUUAUAAACAUGGUCAUAGCUCAAAUGGGGGGUCCCGGAACCCCUGGAACCCUCCCCUGGCUACGCCCCUGGAGAUACAUGUAGACUUAAGUGCUGACUGCAGCAAUUACGUAGACUUGGGGGCAAUACCUAGUUAUCACUGACAGCCCUGGUAUAAUUGUUUUUAGACACAUGAAGGACUCUGUUUCACGAGUAAGAGAAGAAGCUAUGGAAGCCCGUGAUGAAGGAAUUAAUGGAGUUCCUUACUUUAACAUCCGUCUAAAGGGACAAGCUGAGCAAGUUGCCGCAUUUUCUGGUGCACAGCCACCUGAUACAUUUAAAAGUAUCUUCCAGCGUCUGUUGUCACAAGACAAGUCUAGUGUUUAG